AUGUCAACCAAUGAGCCCAUAGUUGAUAAAUCAGAUAGAAUUGAGCUUGAAAUUUUACAGAAAAUGGAAGUGCUGCCACAUUUAUCCAACACUGGGACAGUAAUUGAGAACCAGUCUAACUUUAUUCUGUCAGCCUCACAGUCACCUACAAAGUUUAAUAUUCCUCUACCUCCUCACAGACACCCACAAAAUACAACAAGGCAUGGAUCACAGAGAGACUCCCCUAGAAAGGGUUUGGGUUCUCGAACUGAUAACUUGAAUUCUCGAACUGAUAACUUGAAUUCAGUGGAUCUAUUCCUGAAUCUCCCUGAUUUAACUCACUCAACAAAACGAACUAGCUCAUCAUUUAAAGCUAACUCCAACGAUGAAGAAGAUGUUGAUUCCCGAUAUAAUGUAAAUUAUGAAGGUCCGAUCACGUUGGAUUACCUACGGUAUCUUUACAAGAAGUUUACUUUUCUUGCGCAGAACAAUAAGGAAUCAAGUGAGGACCAAACUGUUAUCAAUGACACGCCUCCUACAUCUAGUGAGAACGAGGGUACAGUACUACAGCCAAAGCUAGACGAUAAGUUGUCUGAGACGAUGAAUACUUCUUCCCCGUCUGAAAAUGCUAACCACAAUGGCUUGAAUCAAGAUAUGAACUCGGUGGAAAGAAUUGAAUCUACACCAGUGCCUGAGCUAGGAAAGGGUCUUACACAAAGUGUAGAUAUUGGCCAAGAAAAGAAGCCAGUUUCGUACUUGCAAAAGAUUUUGCUUGCUCAGAAGGCCAAGGCUGAGAAAUUGAAGUCUGGCAGAGAUGUGGUCCUGAGUGAUGAAAAGGGGUCGACUGAUGUCAAACAAGAAACUCUUGAACCAGUCUCGAAACUAGGUAAUGAAAUUCCAGCUCGAAAAAAGAGGAAAAUCAUUGGUGUCAAACCUGACUUUACUGUUGACUUAGCGAGACAGGGAGAGAGUUCCUCUGAAUCUCCAGAGAAGAGCAACUUUGUUGAGGAUAGAAGUAGAGAUGCUGAAACCGCUGCUGGCGAUGAUCCCAAUAAUCAUCGGAGUUCCCUUGCUAAUACUAAAGACAUUGAAAUUGAUCAUGAGCGACAAUCAGAUAGUGCUAAAGCUGAAGACACGAAUAGCAAUACUGAUUUGGCUCAAGAUAAUAUUCAACAAAGUAUUGCAACCUCAAAAUCAGGUGACCAAGAAGAGAUUUCACCUGUUUUGAAUGCAGGUGACGCCGCCGUUGAGACUUUUUGUACUGUUGAUAUGGAAGAGCAGCAAGCAGGUGAUUGCAGGAAAGAAGGAAACCCAAUGCUGAACUCCAAGGCUUUGCGUGCAACCGAAGAGAAGGACGAAUCAGCGCCUGAGACAACUGAAAAGGAAGCAUCAAUUUUUGUGCCAGCUAAUGAGGAUGAGUCAGCGCCUGAGAGGGAGCAUAGCAACAAUGCAGUAUCAGAAACUACUGAAAGGAGUGAUCCUCUUGGUUCAGAACAGAUAAUCACAGAAAGUUCUACAUUUGAGACUACGCAAGUUGACAAGCAAUUGUCUCCAAUUGAUGAUAAUCAUUCUGUAGCCAAUCCAAAGCUGACUAAAGAACUUGUUGUGCUUCUGAAUACCGAAAAGAAGCACGCUGAAGGAUCAGAAGAUAUGAAGGUGGAUCAAGUAGCCUAUUCAAACCACGCACAAGUAGCACUGAUUGAAAGAAGUUUGACUGACGUUCAAGUUGAUGUAUCAGAGCUGAUUGAACAACGUCAGGAAGAAGGACUUACUAUUGCUCUACGAGAUUUUAAAAAAGCGGACACGAAUAACGAAGAUAAUGAAGUAGUUCUUGAUAACAGAAUUGAAAAUGAAACUUCAGAACCUGAGGAAGAGGUAAACCCAGUAAAGAAUUUACAGAAUGAGGCAUCGAACCUGUUAGACGGUAAAUCUGACGCAGGAGCUACCCCAACAGAAGGUAUCUCCCAAGCGGAAGGUAUCUUUAGCACGCUUCGCAAUGUGUCUGAUGCAAGAGCAAUAGAAAUUGACACCUUGGGUGAGAUUGAUUUGUCUGAGGAUGAAGAGGAGAAACCAAUUGAAGAGAACUCAGAAAGCAGUUCAAAAAAAAAUGAGCUCAAUAUUGACGAUGUUGACUUUAUCAUCAGAAACCUACUUAGUCGUCAACAGCUUGAGCUGAAUUCACUGGAAGACACACCACAGCAACAUAUAAGCAAUGCACCAAGCAGUAUCUUGCAACAAAUUCAGUCAAGUUCAAAUGAGUAUUUGCAAAAUUUAAUGAAUACUCUAAAAUUAUAUGCAUUCUCAAGGGACUCAAAUAAGGUCGAUAUUACCGAUUUGAUUUUGUAUCUUCGUCAAAUCAAUUUCGGGGGAACUGGUGAAACGAUGGGCGAUAUUGAGCGGAUCUUUGACAUAGCUCAAGAUAACCUUCCUCUAGAGUUGGUUAUCGCGCUUGAGAAUAGUGUUGAACAGGCUCUUUCAGAUCUUGAAGCUGUCGACGAAGGAGUGUUGUUUCUCAAUGAUGAUCAGCAAAGUAAUCAGGAUGUCGUGGGGAAUGGGGAAGAACGCCUGGGUAAGAAUGCAAAUUGUACUAGGUCGGAGAAUAAUGACAACAGUGAAGAAAAUGAGGAAAAGAAAGACGAGAAGAGUCCUUCUAAAGACGAUGAUACGGAUGAUUCGGAUGAUGUUGAUUUUUAA